AUGGCGACUGACGCGCGGCCGGCGCAGCCAAAGUCGAUCCUGCGGGGACACAAGGCCCAAGUCCACGCCGCAGCCUUUGUGCGCGCCAAUGAGCGCCUCCUCACGGCUGAUGCCGAGGGCUUCGUCGUCGUCUGGGAUCUCACCAUCAUGAGACCCCGCGCUGUCUGGCAAGCACACGCUGGUGGAAUACUCGGAGUCGCGGGCUGGGGUGCUGACUCAGUCAUAACACAUGGAAGGGACAACAAGCUUAUCGCAUGGAAGCUCGCUGACGAUGACGAGCCUCGGUUGAGCACUUGCCUGCCGCUGGGCUCGUCUCCGGAACCUCGGCCACAGCCAUGGAUCCUGCACAUGCUCGAGGUCAACACCAUGAACUUCUGCUCUUUUGCCCAUUGCCCCGCCUCGCCUCGGCCGGGCCCCGACAGUUCUGAACGUCCCGAAAUACUGAUUGCAGUCCCCAACACGCUUGCAUCUGAAGCUAUUGACAUUUUCCACUUGCCCUCCCAGAGCCGGCGCCACACGGUAAGACUGGGCGACAAAAACGGCAUGGUCAUGGCCUUGGCCCUCUACUUCCAGGGCGAGAGUCUGACUCUGGUUGCCGGCUACGAGAACGGCGUGGCGAUUGUAGCCCAGUUUGACGGCAGUCUCCGCCGCUGGACGCCCAAGUACCAGGCAAAGAGCCACUCGCAGCCUGUUCUGUCCCUGGAUAUCUCCCCCGGCCGAGACUACUUCCUGACAUCGAGCGCGGACUCAGUGAUUGCCAAACAUCCACUGCCGGACCCAGCUCCGGUUAGCCACGGUACGAGUGCCGCCGCGACCAUGCAAGGCGCUAGCAACGAUAACAAGCAAGGCACAGCAGCAGCAGCAGCAGCAGUAAACAAUAGCGAAGAUCUCUCGGCAGCGCUAGCACAGGAAGCUCGGGCCGCUCCGGUGCCCGCCGCCGGCGACACUGCGGCCCAGCUUCAACAAACACAGGCCUAUGUCGCAGCUGCGCCGCUGAAGGUUUCCAACACCAAGCACUCGGGCCAGCAGAGUCUGAGGGUGCGGUCUGACGGGCGCGUGUUUGCCACUGCCGGCUGGGACGCCAAGAUUCGCGUGUACUCGGCCAAGACGCUGAAGGAGCUCGCCGUGCUCAAGUGGCAUCAGACGGGUUGCUACGCCGCCGCCUUUGCCGAAAUCGAGCCAGGGGCGGGAGGCGGAGACGGAGACAAGGAAGCCGAGAUCACCGAGACCCCCACGCCUCCUCGCGCGCCCGCUAAUCCUGACAACAGCUCUAGGGAGAUGCAAGCACAGGUGCAGGGCGGCGGGAGAAGCAGUGGUGCGCUCGUGCCCAAGCUCGUCGCGCUGACGGUUCGCGAUACGCGCAUCCGCCAAGCAAAAACGGCGCACUGGCUUGCCGCCGGCAGCAAGGACGGCAAGGUCAGCCUGUGGGACAUAUUCUAG